UCAAAAAAAAAAAAAUAGUAGUACCUACAGCAUGGCCUUCUCGUGGCACUCCGCCGAGACAUCGAUUCCCACGGUGGAGUCCGGCACCAAGAUGGCCUUCGCCUCCUCGAACUCGUCCCAGCAAUCGGGUGCCGACGGAUUGGUGGCGCUGCAGCUGCUGCCGAGUCAAUCCUCGAGGUUUAAGGGCGUCGUGCCGCAGCCGAACGGGCGCUGGGGCGCGCAGAUCUACGAGCGCCACGCGCGGGUGUGGCUCGGCACGUUCCCCGACGAGGAAACCGCCGCGCGCGCUUACGACGUGGCCGCGCUCCGCUACCGCGGCCGCGAAGCCGUCGUCAACUUCCCAGAGGAGUCCGCGCCUGAGGGCGAGCUCGCCUUCCUGGCCGCGCACUCCAAAUCCGAGAUCGUUGACAUGCUGCGCAAGCACACCUAUGCUGACGAGCUGCGUCAGGGCCUGCGCCGCGGCCGCGGCACUGGCGCGCGCGCGCAGCCGACGCCGGCGUGGGCACGCGCGCCGCUCUUCGAGAAGACCGUGACGCCCAGCGACGUCGGCAAGCUGAACCGCCUCGUCGUACCCAAGCAGCACGCCGAGAAGCACUUCUCGCUGAAGCGCGCUCCGGAGACGGCCAUCGGCAACGGCGUGCUCCUUAAUUUCGAGGACGGCGAGGGGAAGGUGUGGCGGUUCCGGUACUCAUACUGGAACAGCAGCCAGAGCUACGUGCUCACCAAGGGCUGGAGCCGCUUCGUCCGGGAGAAGAGCCUUCAAGCCGGCGACACCGUGGCCUUCUCCCGGUCGACGUACGCGCCGGAGAAGCAUCUACUCAUCGACUACAGGAAGAUGCACAAGAAGCAGGAUGAAGGCGCGUCCGAUGCGAUUGCUAUUGAGGCCCGUGUUGUUAUUAAGCUGUUCGGCGUGGACAUUGCCGGAGGAGAUGAAAGGCAUGGCGAGUUCAUGAAGAGGUAACACAUGAACAUGGCAACAUCAAUCUUCUUCUGAUCUGCCCUAGCUAGUGUAAUCGUAUAUGUAGAAUAUUCUCCACCUUUUCUUAUUUGUUAUCCAUUUAUCAAUUUGAUGUUUAAUUAACUUUCGAACUCAUUGUAUUGAGAUUGUGAGAUUAGGUUGCAGAUCGACUUGUACUUAUACCCCUUUAGGCAAAUUAGGGGCAAAUUAGUAUGUUAUGUUUAUAUUGCUACCUAGUCUACAUCAAUUUCCAUCUGGGUAGAUGAUUGUCAUGCUUG